CCGCCCCGCCCCUCCGCUCCUCCCAGCCUCCUCUAUGCCGGAAGUUGGUGCUGCGCCUGUUCGCGUGCGGCUCGCCAGCGUUGUCACCUCGGAGACCUGGACCGGCUGGGCUUGCUAAGGGAUCAACAUGCCUUUGGCUAGAGAUUUACUACAUCCGUCCUUGGAAGAGGAAAAGAAAAAACACAAAAAGAAACGGCUAGUUCAAAGUCCAAAUUCUUAUUUUAUGGAUGUAAAAUGCCCAGGUUGCUACAAGAUUACCACGGUUUUCAGCCAUGCUCAGACCGUGGUUCUUUGUGUAGGUUGUUCAACAGUGUUGUGCCAGCCCACAGGAGGAAAGGCCAGACUUACAGAAGGGUGUUCAUUUAGAAGAAAGCAACACUAAUGAUCCACACAACUUCCUGAAUUUGUUACAUCACAGAAAGCCUUAUCAGUUCAGUAAUUCUAAUUUACCAAGAUAAUGUAAUUACAUUUAAUUUUGUAAGUAUACAACAAUGAUCUCCUAUUUUGGUGUGAAUUUUUCAAUAAAGUUUUGAUUAUGGGCAAA